CCCGUACGUUUCAGAAUGCGGCGCAAUUUGACGAAGAAAACGACUGCUUGGAGCCGCACCGGCUGUCCAGACGACUUUUUUUGACUUUCUAGAGCUCUUCGCGUCGUCCGAAUUAGAAGGACUUCUUUCGGGGUGUUGUUGCUGAAUGCGGUCGUCAGUACCUGUUCAACGGCGAGAUGAUAAACGGCUGUCUUCAGUUUCACAUCAGGAAGGAAAAGAAGCAAGUCAGCAAUUACAGCAAAGAGAGACAAGGGCAAGACUAGACCAAAAAAUUGCAGAGAAUGAACAGUUAGCAGCUGACAAGGAACAGCUAGCAGCUGACAACGAACAGCUAGCAGCUGACAACGAACAGCUAGCAGCUGACAACGAACAGCUAGUAGCUGACAAGGAACAGUUAGCAGCUGAGAAUGAACAGCUAGCAGCUGACAAAGAACAGCUAGCAGCUGAGAAUGAACAGCUAGCAGCUGAUAAGGAACAGCUAGCAGCUGACAACGAACAGCUAGCAGCUGACAACGAACAGCUAGUAGCUGACAAGGAACAGUUAGCAGCUGAGAAUGAACAGCUAGCAGCUGAUAAGGAACAGCUAGCAGCUGAGAAAAGGCAGGAAGUACGUCGUGUUCAAGCACAACGUGAGUGUGCUGAAGGGGCUUUGGAAGAGAAGGAGGAACAGCUCAAUCAAUAUUUGAAUGCCCUGGAAAUUCAGGCAAAUAAAUUGCAACUUGAUGGCAAGAUAUUGGGAGAAGGAUCAUAUGGAGUCGUUCAAGUGGGUCACUGGUGUGAUGUCCCUGUUGCUGUCAAAACGUUUCAUGAGAUUCUGAGGCUUCCUCAACUGGCACCAGUUUUCAAGAGAGAACUGACCGUCUGCAGUCAAUUGCAUCAUCCCAACCUCGUCCCUAUCUAUGGUGGUGUGAUGAAGAAUGAAAUUCCCAUCCAAAUUGUGAUGGAGCUUCUUCAAGGCUCACUUAGUGAUCUAAUGAAGGCAGUACGUGCUUCAAAGAGCUACCAUUGCUAUCUGUCGUUCCGAGAGCAGAUCGACGUAGCUACAGAUACUACUGCUGCCAUUACGUAUAUGCAUUGUCUGCGUCCUAAGCCUUAUGUUCAUUGUGAUAUCCGUACUACCAAUGUGAUGAUCACUCGUGAUAUGGUAGCUAAAGUGGGUGAUCUUGGUGCAAGUCACAUGAUCAACAACAGCACCUCUCUAGGUGCUCUGAGUCUUGAAUAUUGUGCACCUGAGAAAUUUCCUUGCAGUGAUGGUAGGUCAGCUCGUAGCACACGAGAGUCUGAUGUUUACAGUCUGGGUGUGACCCUGACUGAGUUGUUUACGGGUCUGUCACCAAUUCCUACAGAAAGGCGAAGUCAAAUACGAAAGAUUAAAGAUCCUGAUCUGUUGGAUAUGUGCUUGCAAAUGACACGCAAUAGACCUGCUGAACGACCAACUGCUGAGAUGGCUUUCACCAUUUUGAUCACACAAAAGUCAACAGAUUCAUACAAAUCAACUGCAGGAAGGAGGACAGUUAGAGGAAACUUGGAAGGCAGGAGCAUGGAUGUUGUUGAGGUCAUUCACAUCUAACUUGAAAAAAGGGAGGCAACUUCACAAUUGGACUGCUAGCUGCUCUCACAAGCAUUACCAGCUAUGGGGAGCAUUACUAGGGAGCUUUAGUAGGGCAAAGGAGGGAAGGAAUGACAUACGUGGGUUAUUGUUGUUAUCUCUACAUAACUGUCUGCUUUUAGUCGUUGCUUUUUAUGUGUAGUUGUUGUAAGCAGGAAUUGCUAUUUUAGCUCAGUAUAGGAUGGACAGCAAAUGU